AUGGGCAAGUUCGUCGAGCAAUUCAGUGAGAUGGCGCAAAACGUUCAAGGAGCGAAGAAAAGUAAAAGUAUGUUUAAGGCUGGAAAAGAGUUGAAAGUAGCAGAAGAUGGGGAAUUACAUUUCUUAUCAUACUUCUUGAUGCGAUUUUGUAGUGAUCAACUACCGACUCUAGCAGUGCCUAAUACAACUCGCCGGGCCAUUGGUGAACGAGAGCAUUCUGUUUAA